AUGAUUUUGCAAAUACUGAUUUCCCUUAAAGACAGCAAUAAGAAGUACUUCCAACACACCUUCAAUAACAUCGCACCUGGACAGUACACCUUACAGUACAGCGUGGAUGCUAGAGAUCCAUUCAGGAGUUACCCGUUGCAGUUUACUGUCACAGACUGGAUACCUGGUGACAUUAAUGUCCAACAAUCCUGUCGUAACGUGACGGUUGAGUUUGAAGGCCCACCACCGGAGUACAACCUGUCUGCCUGCACCGUCAUUCUCACCAGGAAGUCCUAUCCUGAGUGCACAUGGACACGGAAUGUCAUCUUGGAGAAAAAUGUCUCCGUUGUGUUCGCGAACCUAAAGCCAGACAUAUAUGCUGUGAAGGUAUCCUCCCCUUUUCCAGACGCAUUUCCUGUGAAGGAAAUGAUAAUCGAAGUAACAGACUGGGUGCCGAGGAAACAGGAUAUAAAUGUCAAAGUCAAGUCUGUGAACGUGAGAGCGGGUCGUGACCGUUCCGGCGGUGGCCACUCCAAGGGUCACUCUGGAGGACGCUCUAGGGGCCGAGCCAGCAGGCCACGCGGUAAGAAGAGCAAAGGCGGCCGCAAGAAGCAAGAGACGCGCGUACGCCUGACGUUCCCCCGGCCGGAGCCUCACCAGAAGUACGACUACAGCGGGUUUUACCUGUACCACGGGAAGGACCCGUCAAGUCUGGAGCGCCAGACAGUUCCUCGGCCGGAGGCAGAGAACUGGACCAACGUGACGGCCGUGCUGAAGGAUAUGCCGGGAGGGAUACAGUUCUUUCAGGUAUCGGCACCCUAUGACGACGCCCAGCGGAGUGAUCUGCUGAUGCUGCGUGUCCCACGCCGCUCGAGCUCGCGCCGCAGGAAGAACCGCCAGGACAGGAGGCGCAGACGUAAACAUAACCGCAGCGAGGGCAGGCUCUCGCGUAGUAACGAAAUUGAAGAAUAGCAGAAGUACAGCGACUGAAGUGUCCAUCUGCUCUGCAGAUCUUCAUAUAUUUUACUAUUUGACAUUUUGUGCAUGGUACUCUAGAUCUGUGAUAGACCGUACCAGGAGAGUGCAUACUAGAGCAAGAAAUAAACGCCUACAUGUAGAACUUUAUGCACCUGGUUGGUGCUAAUAUAUUUAUCUGAUGUAGUGCAAAUGCACACUAAAAGAGCUUAUUUUACUUAGCAUCUAUAUUUCAUUACUAGCAAAAUACUAUAUAUAUGCACAUGUAUUUACUUACCUCAGAUGCUAUCAAUAUCAGGUUUACACAAUCACUGCGAAAUGAGGACAAGUUUGAAUUCCUUGCUUAC